AUGACCCAAACGCAAGCACCACCACCUAGUCGUAAGAUGGUGGCCUUUUCGGUAUCUUUUUAUAUCGUCACGGCCCUUGUGAUGGUAUUCGUAAACAAGUGGGUCUUGAACAGCGUUGCAUUACCCUUUACCUUACUGUGGUUCCAAGUUUUUCUCGCAAUAGUUUUUUUGCAUGUUUCUUCACUCUUCGGACUAUUCCCAAUACCUCAAAUUCAAAAAGAAGUGUGUAUAGGACUGUUGCCUCUUGUCACUAUAAACGUUUUGGGACUCAGUUUUAAUACCAUUUGUUUGCAAUACGUGGAUGCCAGCUUCUAUCAGGUCGCUCGUGCAUUAGUGCUUCCCUUUACAGUUCUAUUUUCGUACAUCUUUAUUAAGCAAAAAUCAUCAGCAAUGAUCCUUUUAUCGUGCUUCAUCGUUUGUGCGGGUUUUGUUGUUGGCAUAUCAUCGGAGCGUCUAACUGUCUCUUUGGCCGGGAUCAUCUUUGGCAUAUUCUCAUCCGUUUCCACGGCAUUACAUGCUGUCGUCAUAAAGAAGAGUUUAGACGUCGUACAAGGGAGAACCAUGGAACUUGUUUAUUAUAACAAUCUUCUCAGCACUAUUGCGUUUACUCCAUUAGUUCUCCUUUUCAACGAGCAGGCCGAGGUCGCAAAACUAUUAUCCGAUUCAGAACAAUAUCAUUCUUCACUGAAGACCUUCGUCUGCGGCAUAUUUGUAACGGGAUUCUUCGGCUUCCUGAUCAACAUCGCCGGAUUUCUCCAAAUAAAAGUCACUUCUCCAGUUACUCACAUGAUAUCGUCCGCAUUUAGAGGCGUGGUGCAAACUGCGUUAGGCGCACUUCUAUUCGGUGAAAUUCUAACUAGCGGGCGUGUAGGCGGUAUCUCUUUAAUUCUCGCAGGAAGUUGUUAUUAUACAUGGAUCAAAGAUCGAGAAAGCAGGAGCACUAGACAAAAUAUGAAGGCAUACGAAAAAUUGGAGAAGGGGAUGGUCGAAGUGGAGGAUGAUGAUUAUGAUACAAAUGCGACGAAACUUGAAAAAUGA